AAAAAGGUAAACAAAUUAGCGCGAAAUCACUUUUUUAAAACAAAUUUUAUAGAAUUUUAAUCAAUUUACCAUAAAAUCAUGGAUCACAAAUUCGACACAAAAAUAUUUGUUAUAGAUGAAUCCCUACAAGGACAGAAAUUCGAGUCUCUCACGCUGCGACAUCCCGGAACCGCAAAACCAGCUCAAUUCUUGCUGUCCGACAACAAACUCUACGAAAUCAUGACCUUCAAUGAGAAAAAUCGAAGUUGGUUCAUUGAUGACUCCGUUGCCUCCAAUGGUCUCAUUUACAUGCCGAUGCCAUUUGAUCCACUUUACAUUGCCAUCAGUUAUCUCAUGAAUUGCGAUUCAAAGAAAGUCGAGCCUUUGGAUUACGUACUCGUCGACGAGGAAUUUCCAGAAACGAAAAAAUUGAUGUCUUUGAUCGAUAUGAAAGCUUUGAGCAAAGUUGCGGAACAAGUUGGGCCGGAAGACUUGAAUGCCUUCAAAUAUAACGAAGAAAAAGUCCUUGAAUGGCUCAAGAAGAAAUGUCUCAUUGUCGUUGAAGCACUCAAGAAAUCCAAUGUUCGCACGGGACAAAAUGUCACGUCACAAACUUUUGUAAAUGUCACUGAUACCGUGGAUGAAAACUCUUACCUUUCAACUGCUCAUGGAAUCGUCUCAGAAUAUAUAACAUCCGACCUAAGCACUAAAUUAGCCACUUUCAUGAACAUUCAGCUGGAAUCAAAAUCAAAUAAUGGCACGAAACGAAAAUCUCUCGUUGAUCUCGAGAACAGUAUAAACAAAAAAUCCAGAUUAGAAGAAGACAUAAAAUUAGAAAAAAUUCCGGAAACAAAAGACGACAAAAAGGCAAAACAGAAAAACGAAAAAUUAGCCAAAGCAGCAACUGGCAGCAAAAAUAUCAUGUCGUUCUUUACAAAAAAAUAAAUUAAAAAAAACACAAUUUUUGAAUAUUUAAAUAUUUUUCAUCAAGUUUUUUUUUCAAUUUUAUUUUUAGUACAACUAGAUAAUUAUUAAAUAUUUUUUUUUUGUUUUAAUUUAAAUGUCUUAGUGUUCUUGCUAUUUUUUCUUGUUGAGUAAAUAAUUUAUAUUAAUAUCAAGUACUGGAAUAAUAUCAAAUU